GUAACCCAAACCGACAAGGCCGUUUUCAUAAUCUCCGCCCCUAAGGCAUGGCAGGGUAGCGAGGGUUUUGCAAACCCCAAUCCGAUCCCCUUCUCCACCAAGUCGCCGCCGCCGCCGGCCAAGCGCGCCGCGGGGUGGGGGCGGAGGAUGGCGAACCGAACGGACCCCCUCGCCAAGAGCAUCCACGGGACGAACCCGCAGAACCUUGUGGAGAAGAUCGUGCGCUCCAAGAUCUACCAGAGCACCUACUGGAAGGAGCAGUGCUUCGGCCUCACCGCGGAGACGCUGGUGGACAAGGCCAUGGAGCUCGACCACACCGGCGGGACCCACGGCGGUAACCGCAAGCCCACCCCUUUCCUCUGCCUCGCGCUCAAGAUGCUGCAGAUCCAGCCCGACAAGGACAUCGUCGUCGAGUUCAUCAAGAACGAGGACUACAAGUAUGUUCGGGUUCUUGGGGCCUUCUACCUGCGCCUCACUGGCACCGUCGCCGACGUCUACCAGUACCUCGAGCCACUCUACAACGACUACCGCAAGAUCAGGCACAAGCUCAGCGAUGGAAAGUUCACGUGCACCCAUGUGGAUGAGUUCAUCGAUGAUCUCCUGACCAAGGACUACUCCUGCGACACAGCCCUGCCCCGCAUCCAGAAAAGAUGGGUUCUUGAAACGUCUGGAACUCUAGAACCAAGAAGAAGUGCACUUGAGGAUGAUUUUGAUGAAGAGGAGGAAGAUAAGGAAGAUGAACAACCUAUGGAAAUAGAUGAGCCUAACGGCCGUGAAAAGGAUAGUUGUCGUGGAAGGAGCCCUGCCAGAGAACGGGAUAGGGACAGGGAAAGAGAGAGGAAACAUGAAAGGCAUCACAGGGACCGAGAUUAUGAUAGAGAUCGGGAUUAUGAUAGGGACUAUGGGAGGGGACGGGAAAGAGACCGAGCUAGAGAUCGCGAAAGAGAUAGAAACAGGGAUAGGGAUCGAGACCGUCAUCACACGCGAGAAGAUGACUACAAUCGAGACAGGGACCGAGCAAGGGAUAGGGAUAGGGAUAAGGAUGGUAGGGAAAGGGAAUGGCGAGACAGAGAUCGGGGCAGGCAUAGAAGCCGUUCAAGGAGCAGGGAUCGACGAGAUAGAGAUCGUGAAGAUGGAGAGUACCGUAGGAGGCAUGGUCGUGGUAGUGCCAGUCCUCGAGGGCAUGGUGAGGAUGGUGGCGCAAGAGAGGAACCGAAGAGGAAGAAGGAGAAGAAGGGUGAACGAAAUGCUCCAGAUACGAAUGAUCCCGAGAUCAUUGAAAUGAACAAGCUCCGGGCCUCACUAGGGUUGAAACCACUGAAGUAGUGAUCUUGGUGUAAUGUAUUUUUGAAUUUUUUUAGCUCCACUAGUUCAAACCAGAAAUGUUCUACUGAAUAUGCAUCCAACAUUUUUUCUGGCUUUGUCAGCUGCAGGUAAUUACCUUGUAUUACACUUCGAUGUACCGAUAUGCAUCUGAUUCUUUUGUCUCCA